ACGAUUUGUUUUUUUCGGACACGCAUCUAAUCAUCUCGUCAAUUUCUGUAACAUCUUCAGUGCUACACGUAAACGCCUAGUGCUGAUCGGAUACGUUUGCCCCAUCAUUCCUAGCUGCCACAAAAAAAAUCCACCAUCUCCUAUCCCGGACAGUGCCGGACAAAAUAAAACCGAUAAAAAGUUUCCAGGUAUGGUCCGUAUUUUGUUUGUACAUCCCGACUUGGGUAUCGGCGGUGCCGAACGGCUUGUUGUGGAUGCUGCAUUGGCAUUGCAGAAUAAAGGUCAUACGGUUAGCUUUCUGACGAAUCAUCACGAUCCGGAGCAUUGCUUCGAGGAAACACGAGAUGGAAAAUUGAGAGUCCUUACCGUUGGUGAUUGGAUUCCGAGGGACAUUUUUGGAAAAUGUUACGCCGUUUGUGCAUAUGUGAGAAUGGUGUAUGCUGCCUUUUAUUUCACCUUCUUCCUGUCGAAACAAGAACGUUUUGACAUUGUAUUUUGUGAUCUCAUAUCGCUGGGAAUUCCGAUUAUUCGGCUGGCUAAAUCAAACCCGAAGGUGCUGUUCUACUGCCAUUACCCAGAUCAGCUGCUCUCACAACCGGGCAGUUUGUUGAAGCGAUACUACCGGAUGCCAUUGAAUUAUCUAGAAGAAAUCACAACUGGCAAGGCCGAUGGAAUCUUAGUAAACAGCAAGUUCACUGGUCGCGUCUUCAAGGAAACAUUUAAGCGUAUAUCAGUCGACCCGGAUGUAUUGUACCCGUCUCUGAACACAAAAUAUUUCGACGAAACAGUGCUGGAAGAGAAGGACAAAAUUUCCGGUAUUCCACCAGAGUGCUUCGUCUUUCUUUCGAUCAAUCGUUACGAGCGUAAGAAAAAUCUUAAUCUAGCAAUGCACGCUUUCAAAAGACUACAGGAACUCAUAUCGCCGCAUGAAUGGAACAAACUCAUGCUAAUAGUUGCGGGAGGAUACGACGAACGUGUACUGGAGAACGUAGAACACUUCGACGAACUAGAAGAACUCGCUGAAGAUAUGGGUCUUCGCUCGAAGAUUCGAUUCCUUCGCUCCCCCAGUGAUCGCGAAAAGUUGUUCUUACUUCAGCGUGCUCAGGCACUAGUCUACACACCGGAGAACGAACAUUUUGGUAUAGUACCCCUGGAGGGAAUGUAUCUCGCCAAACCGAUCAUUGCUGUAAACAGCGGAGGUCCUACAGAAACCAUCAUUCAUGAUCAGACAGGAUUUUUAUGUGAGCCUACGCCGGUUAGUUUCGGUGCUGCCAUGGCAAAGCUAGUCAAAGAUGACAGGAGCUGCGAACGAAUGGGUGAAAUGGGUCGAAAACGGGUUCAACAGAGAUUCUCGUUCGAAGCUUUUAGCACUAAGCUGGACAAUAUUGUAACCGAUUUGACUGCCAGACAAGACGAACCGAAGAAAGCCAAAUAGCAUAGGAUUGCUUUUCCGCUGUCUAGUUUCCUGUUGCUGCAGGCCAUGCGGAAUAUAGCCUAUUAAUCCCUCAUUGAUACCGUAAAAGAAGAUUGUAUUUUGUGCCACACUGAGACUUGUAAUACUAGGAUAAGUUUUGCUAAAAUGAUUCUUAUAAUAAACGUGACUAAAUAUUGCCAGUUUAUUUUUAAAAACUCCAAAACCAGGUUAUGUUACAGUUUUAGAACUCUAAGACAGUGCGGCACGAAACACAAAUCGAAUGUUGUAUAUUUGUGACUAAAAAAACAGUAGUUUUUAGCAGUUUAGAUAAUAUUGUUUUUUUAUGGUCUCUUCCUGAUCACAACUUGAACUCUGAAAAUAAAACAUAAAUUGUCUUAUCUAAAAAAAAACGAGGGUGAGUGUCAUUGACAUUAACGCUUUUGAGCUAGAUACAAGUAACAAAGAAAAAUACCACGUUAAUUAUGACUAUUGUUUAACGUAUUUGUAGUAUGUAAUGUUGAACAUGCACCUAAUAUAAAGUAGCUUGAAA